AUGGAGGCGACCUUCCAGGACAAGAAACAAAGGCACACGGGAUCAGCGACGCUAGUUGGGAUUGGUCAUAAACACAUCUACAAGAGGGUCCAUACUAGAUUUGUCGUCGCUGAGGUCGGUAGCCCUCUGGAAGCAUUCCCGUCUUCGAAGGUGAUGUUUGGGGCAAUCCAUGACGCAUUUCAAGCGCACAAACAAGCAUACGAGGAGUGUGGUAUCAUUCACCGAGACGUCAGCGGCGGAAAUAUACUGAUAUUAGAUAACAACGAAGGGCUGCUGAACGACUGGGACCUCGCGAAGAAAGAAGCAGAAGAUCAAGAUGCAACCCUCGUCCCUGACAGAACAGGUACAUGGCAAUUCAUGUCUUUCGGACUCCUGCAAGAUCCCUACAAACGGCAUACGGCACGCGGUGACCUUGAGUCAUUCUUCUGGCUUGUCCUGUGUUACGGGCUUCACUACUUAUCACACUCGUUCACCAAAAAUGUGCCGGCGAUCAUGGCGGAUAUAUUCGAUAAGUUCACUUUUACUCAUCCAGAUGGCGUCGCCCGCGGAGGCACAACGAAAGUGGCUCUCGUCACCGCCAACUUUAACAAUGGCCGGCGACCACGCCCUUUGAUCAAGUCAGACGCAUACAGAUUCUCGAUCUUAUCGUUUGCGGAAAACGACCCGAUGGGGCCAACUUCAAGCGUGCUCGUCCUCAGACUCGUUAAGAGUGAUGACGAAAACAGAAGCUCGAGGAAAAGGCGAAAGAAGCGGUGUCCGACGUAA